AUGUCCCGCUCGUUCCUGGUGGAUUCCCUCAUCACGCCACGCCCCUCGGAGGCCAGUGGGCGUGCCCCCCGAGGCUACAGUCCGCCCACCAGCACGCCCAUGCCAUCUCUUCUGCCCCUGCACCCAUGUCCGCCUGGGAAACACAGUGACGUGCUGUCGCUCUACUCCUGCCGUUCCUGUGUGCCCAUCCCGCCCGCGCUUAAGCAGGCCAUGGCGCCCACGCUCACGUCGAGUUUCACGCCCACCAUCGGCUCUACCUUCAGCCACACGCCCACCUCCCUCGCCCACACGCCCGUCCUGAGGCCUGUGCCCGUCUCGCUACCGGUGCCGCCCAUCUAUCCCCUUUACACACCCUCAACGCCCACGCAGGCGCACCUCACAUCCCCGCCCACGCCUCUUCCAGAGAAAAAGUCACCAGUGCAAGCCCUUCUUCAAAACUCACCCCCUCACUCCUCUCUCCUUCCUCCUGCAGCCACGGGAGGAGUGACGCGCCCCCGCUCGGAGUCUCCGGCCGAUGACAUCCCUUCGUGCAAGAGGAUCCGAACGGCCUUCACCUCCACGCAGCUCCUUGAACUGGAGCGCGAGUUCGCCUCCAACAUGUACUUGAGUCGCUUGAGGAGGAUCGAGAUCGCGACAUAUCUCAAUCUGUCGGAGAAACAGGUCAAGAUCUGGUUCCAGAACCGCCGCGUCAAGUACAAGAAGGAGGAGGGCGGGCAGUCGCGCGACAAGUGCUCCUGCCUGAGGACCUGCUCGUCCUCGCGGGGGCGCGGCAAGGACCAGGCGGGGGAGCAGGGGGGGUGCGACGGGCAGGGCGCCCCGACGGGAGGGGUGCGGCGAGGGCGCGAGUCCCCCCCAUCACCUGCUCCGGCGGGCCGAGGGCGAGAGCGACGCCGCGCUUCGGGCCGGCGACGCGGGCGAGCGGGGCGCCGACGGGGCCCUCUGAGGCGCCUCGACGACGACAAGGCGCUGGCGCGUGAGGCGGCGCUGCGGCUGGCGGGCGUGGGCGCCGUCGCGGGCGGCGGGGGCGACGGGGGCGACGACAAGGCCUGCCUCCAGCACCUCCACGACCACCGCCACGACCACCUCCACCUCCUCCACAAGCAGCAACAGCUCCUCCACCAGGGCCGACACCCCGCCUCGGAGGACGCCAGCUACGCCCGCAGCCGCGCCUACGAGUCGGACGCCGACUCGGAGUACGAGCGCGACAGCAACGAAAACAUCGACGUCGUGUGA